AGGUUUAAAAAAGACAAACGCUCAAUCCUAUUUUAAUCCAUUCUUUGGCAUAAGUGUUCGUAACCUGUAUACAUUACUGGUUCUUGAAAUUUUGUUUCCUUCGUUGGUUUACUCAUACUUUUUUCAAUUCUACACUGUGUGAUACUAAUGUGUUCUGGAGAACUAUAAUCAAGUGGUGAUCAUACGUCAAAAUAGUGAAAGUAGCUGUCCAAAAAACACUAACACAACACACACGGCUACGAUGAAAAAAAUGGUGUGAAUUAAUGUAAAUUGAGUAAUUCUUGCUGAAGCGGCCUGGUUCCAGCGAAAAUUGCUCGAAUAGAAUAGCAGGUAGUCAAAAAAAAAAAAAAAAAGACCAUUAACAUAAAAAAACCAAACAAAAGAAGUUUCCAUAUUGAAAAGCAGUUCACCAUUUUACAUCAGCUGCAGUACUGAAAGUAAUUUUUGGAUAGUUAUCAACUAGAAUAGAUAAAAGCGACGACGCUUAAACUACAAAAAAGUUUUAUGCAGAACUCCCCGCGUGAAAUUUGGAACAGUUUGAUACAUCCCCAUUCUGCCAUUUGCUACACGCCAAAUUUCGCUGGUGCCCAGUGCCGUAAAUAGAGGAGCUACGAACAAAACGAAAACACCUGUAUGUGAAUAAAAUAAAUAAUACAAUAUAAUAAUACAGAAUGCCGUGGUAUCUCGAAGAAGAUGAUGAGGAUUAUCUGUUGUAUUCUCCGGCUUUACUAGCGCGAAGAGCUUCCGAGAGCUGGAUAGAUACUCCACCCGUAGAGUCAAUUCCAGUUAACACAGCACUGCAGCGAAAAAAAUCUUUACCAGAUGUCCAACAGCUACCAUUCGCUACGAAUACUAUGAGUAGAGAAGAAGUCUCAAUGCUUGGUUCUGCACGGAGAGAGGAAGUGAGGCGGCAAAUAGAUGAAUCAGAACGCUUGAAGGCUAACCCGUUGUUAUACCUAGUCAGUCCAAAAGUGAAGGAUUGGUUUUCACGCCAGCAACUUGUGAUGUUGGUGUUAAUCAUUAAUAUAGCGUUAGCCAUUAUGUUCUUCAAAAUGCUCACAUAGCGCAUCCUGAGCUCAUGUUUGCAUUUCAGUACGAUACUGGAUGAAACAUUCGUGUUAAAAAAGCUGGUGUAAAGGAUGAUAUUUAAGCGAACAUUAUGAGAUAACUUAUUUUUCGCUGCUGGGCGUUUUUAAUUCUGGAAUAUGAAACACACACACUUCAAUAAGCUGAUAAUGUAACACCACGAACGAAUUUCCAGCGGACUGUACGAGAAAGUCACAUCAUAAAAUUGGUAGUCUUAAAAAUGCGAAUACACACACAUACAUAUAUAUAUAUAUAUAU